AUGGCGACGUAUGAACAAGAAGAUAAUCCCAUGGAUCAGUUCCCAAUAGAUUCAAGCUCUUACAAGAUCACCGAUGAAAUCGCUGUUGGUGUCAGUGCUGUAGUUUACAAAGCCGUUUGUGUUCCCAUGGAUUCAACUAUUGUUGCCAUUAAAGCCAUUGAUCGUGACAAGUGCACCAACGAUUUCGACAAUCUUGGACGCACAAUGUCGCUUGUUUCGCACCCCAACAUGCUCCGUGCUCAUUGUUCCUUCACCGUCGACCACCAUCUCUGGGUGGUUAUGCCCUACAUGUCCACCGGUUCUUUACAUUCCAUCCUCUCAUCUUCUUUCCCUGAUGGCAUACCAGAGCAAUACAUGGCCAUUAUUCUCAAGGAAACCCUCAAUGCGUUGUCGUAUCUUCACAAAGGAGGGCAUAUACACGGAGAUGUGAAGGCUGGUAAUAUCUUGUUGGACUCUAACGGAUGCGUUAAGCUUGCCGACUUCGGAGCUUCGGCCACGGUUUACAUGCCGAAAGCUCCAUUUCUGAACUGGGAGGCGCCGGAGAUGAUCAAAUCACAUGAAGUUUCCAGUUUUGAAACCGAUAUAUGGUGUUUCGGUAUAACUGCUCUUGUCUCGACCAAGACGUUUUCAGAGGCUUUUGAGGAUAUGGUUACUUCCUGUCUCGAUAAAGAUCCUUCAAAGCGACCCUCGGCGGAUGAGCUUUUGAAACAUCCAUUCUUUGAGGGUUGCAAAGAUACUUCUGAGUUUCUUGUGGAGCAUUUGUUGCAUGGAUUGCCUAGUGUUGAAGAAAGGUUUAGGGCAAGCAAGAUUGUUCAAGCCGACGGUCAAGAUUGUUCAACAUCUGAUGAUCAUAAGCUCCUUAGGCUUAUGAUGUCGUUGUUGAUGGAUAGUGCAGAGAACUUCGACGAUGACGACAAGUCCGAGCUUGGCUCCGGUGAGUCGUCACAGGCCGGAUUGGAAGGCACUGAGGGGCAUGAUGAAAACAAUUGA